AUGCUUGCUGCCAGAGCUGCUAACCCUAGUAGCUUUCCCCAAAGCACGUCGCUGGUGCCCCCAAAACAAAGACCACGCGCUGCAUCCAACCCCUCGUCCGCGGAAGAUACGAAAAUCGUGGGCAUCUUGCUGGAUUAUGGCGCAGAUUUUAAUGCAGCUGAUGAUUCAGGAGACACAGCCUUACACUACGCAAGUACCUGGGGAAAUCUGAAGACCUUCCGGUUGCUGGUGCAAUGUGGUGCAUCAACACUGGUGAAAAACAACGCAGGCUGUGUGCCUGCUGAUUACGCUUUGACUGGCCAAGCGUCGAUAUACUGUCGAAGUCUGCUUUCGGAUGCGGACAGACAAUUACUAAAAGACAGUAUCGAUGAGGAACAGACUGCUGAAAUUUUACAGCAGAAGAUGAAUCUGCAUCUGAAAACACUUCCAAGUGAACCGAUUCACUUUGCUUCCGAAUCCAAUUAUUCUCCUGGUUCUCUGAACGGCACGCUAUAUAGCGACUAUGGUGACCUGCCUCCCGGCAGUGCAAAAGCCCACUCCAUAGCUUCAGGAGGAUUGCGGUUAGUGGAUGACAGUGAUCGAGAAGAUGAUAUGUCUUCGACGUUUUUCAAUGCGAAUCCACCAAAGAUGGAUGGAAUCAGCGAAUAUUACGACAACGACUCCAAACCGCUUCCUGAUCCGUUGUUUUCCCGAGCCUAG